AUGACUACUGCUGGUCCUUCAGAAUACCGCUUGGUCACUGACCAAGCCGAAUCGGCACAAAACCCUCACACAUCAGAUUCUGUUAGAUUGCCACCACCACAUUGUAAGCCACUGAUGAGUCCCUCGCCCUGCGAAUCUCUUACCGGGAUACCGCAACCGUCGUUGAAGUCGUCGAACCCGUCAUAUAGCUAUCGACGCUACUCACAUACAUCGUUGGCGUAUUCAUCAAAGUCAUCAUCCGUGCCAUCACGGUCAUGCUCCCCUGACAGUAGCCCUGCGAGCUCUAUCCAGGAAGAAAGCAUCAAUGAUGAAGAAGUUAAAGAACCAGAGCCGGACUUACCAAAGGCACCGGAACAUUUCGAAAGAGUUUUCAGUGUCCCUAAAGCCUUAUUUGAAAUAUACGAAACCUAUCGAGAAUGGCACUUCGGCUUCGCAGCUAAGCAGAAUGUGCACGUUCUGAUGAUGAGACUGAAUCAAGCGAACCUGAAACUUGAAAAAGCUGAACAAGAGGUAAGAGCUCUUACUCAGCGUCUAAGUUCGAUCGCGGAACCAGAACCGAAGAUUCAGCCCUCAAAGCGUGAACAAAACUCAGAAGUACAGAAGGCCACUCCUUCCAGACUUCGUAAGAAACGGGACGCAAGACGAAGGGAGUUGAUUGAGAACAAAUACAACAAACCGCUUAAAGAGAGGUUCGAGGAACUGGCGGGCUGGAGUGAGAAGGUCGAGGCGGACAUUGACGCGGCCCAAGACCGCAAUACGUUCCUUGAUGACAUGCUUCACAAAGCAGGCAGAGACAUAAGGAAACUACAGGGCGAGAAGUUGUCGCUCGAGGCUAAUAAAGGGGAACUUCAAAAGCAACUCGAACAGAGCCUUCAAAAGAUGAUCUCUAGACACGACAGCUCCACACAGACUGAAGUUCCAAAGGAUGAAGCGGUCGCUUGUCAAACCACAAUGGCCCAUGAUGACCAAACAUCUGUCACAUCAGGCGAUGGGCCAGUACAGCCUCUGGCCCUUCAAGUUACUCAGGAUGACCGGCUCGCUGAGUUGCAACGGGAAAAUGAUCGGCUUCGUCAAGAAAACGAGGAGAUGAGAAACGCCAUUGAGCAACGCCAAGGCCAGGAUAGCUCUCUAGAAGGAUCAGAGAGUCGAGUGCUUGAGGUACAACCGGAAGAAGCGCACACCGGAGAUGAAGACCCCGAAGCCCAGGUUCAAGGUGCCAAUGUCGAGAUGGGAGGCAUCACGACUGGAGACGAUUCUACGGCAUCAGAAAACAUCGAGAUCCCAGUGAUCCCAGUGACACCUCCGGUCACAUCAGAAGCAGAAGAAACCUUGGUAUUCUAUCCACUGCGGUAUCUAAACAAUAUCAAUCGAGACCCAGGAACGAGCAGCGAUAUUGCUAGACAUAGACGAGAUAGCCGACGACGCAGGCGACGAGAGCAGAGGAAAUUAGAACGAGCAGAAGAAGAGGCUCAGCAACAGCAGCAGAGGAGGUUAGAGAGAGACAAGGACGCUCGACGACCUCGCAAACACCAUAGAAAGUCUCUUAAGGUAUACAGAGAGAAAAAGAAAAUUCCAUCACCACUCGGAUGGGUAAGGUAUCGUCGAACAUUGAUGGAUUUCCUUUCAUUCCACUAUAUGUUCUCCUCGCCGCUUAAGCUAUCGUAG